AUGAGCCUGAACGCCGCCGACCUGAGCGAGCUGCUGGAGCUGUGGGCGGAGCUAAACCUGACGGAGCUCAACGUGUCGCGCGUGGAGGCGCUGCGCUGCUCCGGGAGUCCGGCGCUGCUGCCCGCGCUGUCCGUCCUCUACGCCGCCAUCUUCCUGCUGGGCGUGGCCGCCAACGCCCUCGUGCUGUGGGCGGAGCGGCGCCGCUGCGAGACGCGGCUGUACGUGGUGAACCUGGCGGCGGCCGACCUGGUCGUCGUGGCGACGCUGCCGCUGUGGGUGACGUCGCUGCUGCGCGGCGGCCGCUGGCCCUUCGGGUUCGCCGUCUGCAAACUGGCUCACCUGCUGUUCGGCGUCAGCCUGUUCGCCAGCAUCUUCUUCCUCGCCUGCAUCGCCGCCGACCGCCUCCUGUCGCUGCGCGCCGCCGCCGGCCGCGGCAGGAAGCUGCAGCGACGGCUGGUCUGCCUCCUGGUUUGGUCGGCGGCGCUGGCGGCCUCCGCGCCCGACACCUUCUUCCUGCAGCUGGUGAAGUCCACGCAGCACGACGGCGCCGUGUGCCGACCCGUGUACCCGUCCGACAGCCCGCGGCGCUGGACGGCCGGCGUGCAGCUGAGCUUCUUCGUGCUCGGCUUCGCGCUGCCCUUCCCCGUCAUGGCCGUCUGCUACCUGCAGGUGGCGGCGGCGCCUCCCGGCUCGGACCGCCAGCGGCGCGUCGCCCUCGGCUACGUCGUGGCCUUCGCGGCCUGCUGGCUUCCGUUCCACGCCGUCCUGCUGCUGGACUCGCUGGCGCUGCUCGGAGCGCUGAGCUUCAGCUGCCGGUUGGAGAACUUCCUGGACGCGGCGCUGCGCCUGACGCAGUGCUGCUCGCUGCUGCACUGCUGCGUCAACCCCGUCCUGUACGGUUCGCUGGGCCGGACGUUUCUGGAUCACGUAAACCAGUCGGUCCAGUUCUAA